AUGAAGCCGGCGCUGCUGGAAGUGAUGAGGAUGAACAGAAUCUGCCGGAUGGUGCUGGCCACUUGCUUGGGAUCCUUUAUCCUGGUCAUCUUCUAUUUCCAAAGUAUGUUGCACCCAGUCAUGCGGAGGAACCCUUUCGGCGUGGACAUCUGCUGCCGGAAGGGGCCGCGGAGCCCCCUGCAGGAGCUCCACAACCCGACCCAGCUCGAGCUGUCCAGCACGGCCGUCCUGCACCAGAUGCGGCGGGACCAGGUGGCGGACGCCUGCCGGGCCAGCAGCGCGGCCAGCCGCAAGCGGCGCGUGCUCACGCCCAGCGACCUGAAGCACCUGGUGGUGGACGAGGACCACGGGCUCAUCUACUGCUACGUGCCCAAGGUGGCCUGCACCAACUGGAAGCGCCUCAUGAUGGUGCUGACGGGCCGGGGCAAGUACAGCGACCCCAUGGAGAUCCCGGCCAGCGAGGCGCACGUGGCGGCCAACCUCAAGACGCUCAACCAGUACAGCAUCCCCGAGAUCAACCACCGCCUCAAGCGCUACCUGAAGUUCCUGUUCGUGCGGGAGCCCUUCGAGCGGCUGGUGUCGGCCUACCGCAACAAGUUCACGCAGAAGUACAACACGUCCUUCCACAAGCGCUACGGCACCAAGAUCAUCCGGCGGCAGCGCCGCAACGCCACGCAGGAGGCCCUGCGCCGCGGCGACGACGUGCGCUUCGAGGAGUUCGUGGCCUACCUCGUGGACCCGCACACGCGGCGCGAGGAGCCCUUCAACGAGCACUGGCAGACCGUGCACUCGCUCUGCCACCCGUGCCACAUCCGCUACGACCUCGUGGGCAAGUACGAGACGCUGGAGGAGGACUCCAACCUCGUGCUGCGGCUCGCCGGCGUCGGGGGCGCCCUCCGCUUCCCCACCUACGCCAAGUCCACGCGGACUACGGACGAGAUGACCACCGAGUUCUUCCAGAACAUCAGCGCCGAGCACCAGGCGCAGCUGUACGACGUCUACAAGCUCGACUUUCUGAUGUUCAACUACUCAGUGCCAAGCUACCUGAAACUGGAAUAG